UAUCCGUCUUCAUCUCCCUGUAGGGUUAUUGCUGCACAUUUAGCAGUCGGGGCUCUCACAGACUGAUGGGAUCCACGAAAACAGCAGAAGCUUGGGGUUGCAGUUAGUCAGCUGGUAGUGGGGGGCAGGUUGAUCAAUAUUUCUAGCACUGAUAGAUUUGAAUCGCGCUUUAAGCCGAGUUGUCCAUUCAGGCUGUGCGCUGUCGUUAAUGUUUUCACACCCAACUUCAGUUUCUCUAACAGCAGCUUUGGUUCUUCUUAGUUUAACAGUUCAACAGCAUGUCCAAAGCUGGGACUGAGGGUGGAGCCGAUGCUGGUUCAGUUGUGUCGGACCCUCAACACUCACAGAAGCUUUUAAGAGCCCUGCGGUCCUUCAGACAAGAAGGGAGUUUUCAGGACGCUGUGCUGGUGCUGGAAGGAGAGCAGCUCCCUGUUCAGAAAAACAUUCUGGCUGCAGCGAGUCCAUACAUAAGGACCAAGCUAAAUUACAACCCACCCAAAGAGGAUGGAUCCAUAUACAAAAUCGAGCUGCAGGGCAUCUCUGUCCACAUCAUGAAGCAGAUCUUGGACUAUAUAUUCAGUGGAGAGAUCACUCUAAAUGAGGACACUAUCCAGGAUGUGGUCCAGGCUGCUGACCUGCUACUCCUCACUGACCUCAAGUCACUGUGCUGCCAGUUCCUGGAGAGCUGCAUUACUGCUGAGAAUUGCAUUGGCAUCCGACUGUUCUCUCUUCACUACUGCCUGCACCACGUCCACCAUGUGGCCACCGAGUACCUGCAGACGCACUUCCGAGAUGUAGUGGACACUGAGGAGUUCCGUGAGCUGCCUCCUGAUCGGCUGUGCGAGCUGUUGUCCAUGGAAAAGCUUAACGUGGGCAACGAGAAGCAUGUUCUGGAGGCGGUGGUCCGCUGGCUUGCACACGACAUUGAGGCCCGGCGGGUGCACAUGAAGGAGGUGAUGUCUGCAGUGUGGGUGCAGGGUCUAGACCAGAGCUACCUGCAGGAGCAGAUGCUGGGAGACCCCCUCAUGAGGGAAGUGAUUGGACAGUGCUGCAUGGAGCCUCUGGGAGGUGCAGCGCAGCAAGGGGAAGCAAUGCUCGCUGCCUUCAAACCCCGUGGCUACUCUGAGUGCAUUGUCACUGUAGGGGGUGAAGACAGGGCCACUAGGAAGCCCUCUGCAGUGACGCGCUGCAUGUGCCCCCUCUAUGACAGAAACCGGCAGCUGUGGAUUGAUCUGCAGCCCAUGAAUGAGAGACGCAUUGGUCAUGGGGUGGUGACUGCUGAUGGAUGCCUUUUUGCAGUUGGAGGAAUGGAUGAAAACAAAACUGUUUUGAAUAGUGGAGAAAAAUAUGACCCAGAGACUAACACCUGGACCCCUAUCCCACCAAUGAAACAGGCUAGGCGGCACUUUGGUAUUGCUGAGCUGGAUGGGAUGAUCUAUGUGCUGGGUGGAGAAAAUGAAGACACUGAAGUUCUCCUCACGAUGGAAGUGUUUGACCCUCACUUUAAUACCUGGACAACCCAGACCAGCAUGACCACAGUCCGAAAGUUUAGUUGUUGUGCUACCAUGAAGAAGAAGCUCUACGUGAUGGGAGGAGGAUCUUAUGGGAAAAUUUAUGACUCUGUGGAAUGCUAUGACCCCAAAACUCAGCAGUGGACUACGCUCUGCCCUCUAAAGGAGAGGAGGUUUGGUGCUGUGGCUUGUGGAGUCAGUCAGGAGCUCUAUGUGUUUGGAGGAGUGAGGAGCAGAGAUGCAGAUAAUCCUGAGUCCAGUCAGAUGACCAUCUGCAAGUCGGAGUUUUUUCAUGAUGAGUUGAAAAGAUGGGUGCUCCUUGAUGAUCAGAACCUGUGUAUACACACUACAUCAUCCUUUGUAUACGGUGCUGUUCCUAUUGGUGCCAGUAUAUAUGUGGUGGGAGAGCUUGAUACAGGCACUAGUUAUGAUUAUGUGCGAGAGUUCCGCCGCAGUACGGGCACGUGGCACCCUACCAGACCCCUCCUUCCCUCGGACCUGUGUAAGACUGGCUGUGCCGCCCUACGCAUCGCCAACUGUAAGCUGUUCCGGCUGCAGCUCAAACAGGGCCUUUUCAGGAUUCGAGUGCCAUCCAUUUAAACCAAGUGCACAUCCAUACCCCUGCGUCACUCUUCUCUCACCUUACCGUUUGGAAGAAAGUUGCAUGUGGGUCUUGGGAAUCACUAUAGCUGUAACCGAACAUGGAUAUUGGGCGAGAAUACUUGAGGUAUAUGGGAACGUUUUGGACCUCUUUUGUUUACUUUGUUUUGAUGCCUUCUUAAGGGAAUGUAUGUACACAACCUCCUUGUUUUUUUGUUUUUUUUUACUGUUUGGGAGUCAAGUAUCAUAGUUUUGAUAAAUGGUAGCCUAAGUUCAGCUGCUUUUUUUAAGUGUUACUACUGUAAUUUCAGUGGAGCAUAGGGUGGGUGUCACUGGCUGCUGCUGACUUUUAGGCAAACACUAAUGCUUAUUUGAGAAAUGGAUGAUGUUAAAAAGCUUGUUGUUGGUAGACAACAGAGUUUUUUUUUUUGAUAAACUGAGUUAUGCAAUAACUGAAGUUUGGGUGAAAGACGCCUGAAACUCCUUCCUUCUAACUAAUGUAUUCCCUAUUCACCAUUACUAUUCUCUGUUAUGAGUUUUUGCUUGGCUCCCCCUGUUCGCCAUGAUUUCUCCAAUCCUUUCUAGAAUCUGCAGAAUAGGAGUUCUAGGUCAAAGCUGAAGCCACCCAGAACAGAGAAGUUUUUCCCCUUCUACAGUUUACAAUCAAAAUUGAUUGCAGGCGUGGUCUGGACCUGCAAGUUAAUGAAUUGUCUUAAAUUCGAGUGUCUUACCGAUGGGACCGGCUUUUAAAUGUCAGACUAAGGAUGGUGUGAAACAUGACAGUAUAUUAUGAAGAGUGUUUUGGGAAAAUGGUGGAGGAUGUGAAUAUUUGCCCUUUGAGAGAUUAUGUGUAUAUAUACGCAAGAAUCAGUUACCCUUCUCAAGCUUUUGCAUUUACGGUACGGUGUACAAUAUACCUCACAUAGAAUUAAUUCUACAUAACAUUCAUACAUCAGAUUGGGGCUUAGGAUGAUUCAAGUUUUACAUUUUACAUUUUAAUAUUUUUAUGUUUUACAUUUAUAGCAGGUAGUGUAAUCAUCAGUACAGAAAAAAUCUUUCUCCAGGAUUCUUGAAACAACUACUUGUCUCACUUUUAAGUUACUGUAUGUAUUAUGUGCUUGACCCUUGAACUGGCUUCCCACUCGCCACAGACGGUUUUGGCAUCUGGCGACCCCAUUUGUUCUGUGCACGUCACAGCUGCUGCUGUCCGUUGUAAUUGAAGGCCCACACAUUACAAAUUCACUUCUACAGAAACGCACCUUCACAUGCAAGCACCACAUGAGUAAAGCAACUCACAUCUAAACACCAGACAUUAUUAGUUAUAUAUGUGUUGCACACCAGAUCACAUGGUCCUAAUACCAGUGUUACAUGAUCAUUGAACUUGUCUUUCGCUUACAGUUUCAUUGCACUAGACCAUUUAAAGAAUGUUACUGUAACGUCAUUAUUAGUCAUAAUGCUAUUCAGUAGUUUCAAUAGAUUUGAAGGGAAUUAUUAUAUUGAAAGCUACAGAUGUACUGAUAAAUUAUAGACAAUUAUCAUAAAUGGACUUGGAAAAUCUGCUGUAGGUCAAAGUCCAUUAAAGCCACAUAGCAUUCCCACUGGACAUCAAAAUAUAUCGUUCCAAGUGUAAAGAUUAACAUCAAGCUAUGAUUAUAUUCAUAUUCAAUAUGAUCGUAUUCUUGACUCAGGUAUCUCGUGCUAUGUACCUUUUUGAUUUAUCAACAGUGUGUCCUAAAUCAUAUAUAAUAACACUCAGCUAUGCGCCUGAAUUUGACGAUUAUUCUGGCUUCUGAAUGUUUUUCUGUAUACAACCAUUUCAGCUUUUAAAGUGACUCAACUGUUAAUCUCUUUAUCAUCCUGCUGACAUACUUUCCUCUUCCAUCCCUCGAGAUGUUGUGGUUAUCUACAUGAUGAUAAUAUACAUGACGUAUUUGGCCUUUUAUCACUUAUUUGCUGUUGCUCUUAACUGUGACAAUGUUCAAGACUGUCGACAUUAAAAUGGACCAAAGUAACUGCAUGGAACAGAGUGUGCAGUCCAGUAUGGUAUAAAACAAUCAUUCACAGAUUGUUUGUUUGUUUUUUAAUGGAAAAAAAAAGUUUGGUUCAAAGACAGCAAAUUGUUGGGGAAGACAGUUCUAGUAUGUACACACUGUAUGUACACAUUCAAGUGCUCGAAAAGAGUGGGAUUUUUUAGUUCCUGUUCAUUGCUUUUAUUGGACAGUCUUUCUUAAAUUGGCUGAGAAAUUUUGCUUUGUAUAAUACUCGCACUAUUAUAAGGGAUAGCAUAUAAUAGAACCUAAUGUAAAGUGGGACUAAUCUAGCAUAUUUUAUGUAGCAGUAAAACACCAAAAUCGUCAUCCGUACUGCACCUUUCUGACACCGGUGUUCACGCCCAGCACUUAAACAUACAGUGUGCUUGUGCAUGUGCAAACACAUGAUAACUAUCAACACACUCCACAUUCCUUCAUGUGCCAUUGUUUACAGUACACUGUAGGCUCUAGAGCCAUAGACGUAUUCUCACACAACACCUAAACAAGCACCUUGAGAAUGAAUAAUUGCACAAUCAAGGGUUUAUUUGGCCCUGUACACUAAACUGAUUCAGUUUGGCCUUAUGCAUCUCAUUUUGCUCGGAGAUGCUCACUUCUUUGCCAAAAAAAGACUGCAGUUAUUACUGACUUAUUACUAUUACAUUGUCAGCAAUAGUAAUAAAGGCACUACCAGAUCAUGACGUAUUAAGGCUUCCUAAGAUGGACCACACUGUAAAAUUAACAGAGAUGAAAAAAGCACCUUCAUAAAUGAUGGAUUCUAAAGAAUGUAAGGACUGUCACCUUAAAUGUUUGACUUUUUGUCAUUUGUAUCUAAUCAGCAGCUAACAUUAAAUGCAGAAUUAAAAUGAAUAAUUUCUCAUGAUG